AUGUUGAUCAGGACCAUCAUGACGAAGAACGCCCUCGAGCGGCAGCAGCACCAGCCACUGCAUCACGUAGUUCCAGCUGAUGGCGAAGCCCCAGCUCGGGUCGAUGAACGUGGUGGAGUAGUACGAGAACGCGCCGGGCACAGGAAAGUUGCACGCGAGCUCGGCCAGCGAGUGCACCAUGCAGAACACCAUCACGGAGAUGAGCGAGUAGCAGAUCAGGAUGCCGCCGGGCCCGCCGUCUCUGAGCGACUGGGCGGAGCCGAGAAACAGGCCGGUGCCAAUAGACCCGCCCAGCGAGAUCAUCUGCAUCUGGAACGAGCCGAGCUGGUGUUUCAGGGGCGCGUCGACGCCGUCGGUGACGGCGGCGGGCCUGAAGGUGGCUAG